AAGAAGAACAAAAAGAAGAAGAACUAGGAACCGGGGAAUGUGACGUCACCAGGAAACGUUUUCAAAACAACAGCAGUAGCCAAAGAUAUAAAAUCUAAAGCUACAGUGUGCGGUGACCGUGCAAUUUAACUGUAAACUACAAAAAAUGUCCGAAAAUAAAAGCUCACAUCAGUGGUCUUCAGAGGAAACCAGUGUGCUGCUGGCGAUAUGGUCUUCCACAGAGAUCCAGGGCAAACUGAAGAGCUCGAAAAGGAAGAUAACAGUUUACGAUGAGAUAAGCAAAGAAAUGCUGAACGGUGGCUUCAGUCGCUCGACCGACCAAAUUAUCAACAAGUUAAAAAAGCUUAAAAUGGAGUACAGGGACCUGAAAAGGAAACCAAGUAAAAGUGGACAGAUUAAUAAAACAUUCGACCACGACGUUAUGGAGUCUGUGCUAGGACACCUAACGUUUCCAUCCAGUCAGCUGACCGAGGCCUUGGAUUCGGCGACAGCCACGCUCGAGACCAACACGGACUCUACGGUGUCUGUAGCUGAGCUAGCAGGUAGCAAAAGAGCGGAGCACAAAACCACAUAUCACUGGUCUUCAAAGGAAACCAGUGCACUGCUUGCUAUAUGGUCUUCCACAGACAUCCAGGAGAGAUUGGGGAGCUCAAAAAGAAAGAAAAGAGUGUAUGAGGAUAUUUACCAAGAGAUGGUAAAAGCUGGGUUUGAUCGCUCAACUGACCAAAUCAUAAAUAAACUGAAAAAACUUAGAAAGAGGUUCAGUGACAAAAACAAGGAGAAGAGUAAAAGCGGGAGCCAAUGGAGCAAUAAAACAACUAACUAUGAUGUUAUGGACACUGUGCUGGAACGCCUGCCAGGGAAUCAAUUUACUGAAGUAUUCAAUUCAGCAACAGCCAUGCUUGAGACGAAUGUGGAAUCGCUGUCUUCUGCAGCUGAUCUUGACUCUUCAGCGGAGGAGCUGCUGGACCAAGCUGAAACAUUCUUCAGCUCUUCUCAAUCCCAACCUAGAAAGUCUCUGCGAACAACCAGAAUAAAGAAGAGAGAUUCAAACCAGGAGCUGCUGGAAUACUUGAAAACUGCUGAUGAACGGUUUAUGGCACACGCCAAAGAACUUAAUACUGCAACUCUUAAUAAAAUGGAUGAAGCCACAAAUUCUAUGCUGGGACUAUUGGGACGCAUGGUAGCACUAAUGGAGGAACAGCAGGGAAUCAAGCCAUGAACACAGGAUUCCUUUAGUGCAUUUUAUUCUUAUUUGCGUGCUUCUUACAUUUCAAAGUCAAAGCAAAACCAAAACUGUUACUUUCUUAAUAUAGAGAGCAUGACCAGCUUCUCAUGGAAAUUAUGUAGCAAACACAGAUGUGUUUGACAGGAGUGAAGGUAAAGGCUUCUAACAUCAAAUUAACUGUAAAUAAGCUGUUUUCUUGUGUUUACUUUAUUUGAUUUAAAUUUGUGUGGCGUGAAAUUUCAGUGAUUUAUGGGAAACUAUUAGGACACUGUUGAAGCUGACUUCAAACUCCCUUCAUGACUUUGAUUAUAAAACCACAGAUGAAA